AUGGGUGAUAACAAAAAUGAUAAGUGUUUCUCGAAUAUUGACGAUGAUAUUAUUGUUGAAUUUGCAGCGGUUCGGAGUAAUGUUUCUUCUAAAAUUGCUUGCAUUGAAAGCAAAAAAGAUGAUGUUGGUGGCUGUCAAAAGGCAAAUCCGCCUAUAAAUUCAAUUGUUAAUUACGAUGGGAAUUCUUUAAAAAAAAGGGAACGAAAGGCGGAAAUCGGCGCUGGCAAGGAACGGAAAGAGUUUCAGAAAACGAUUGAAAAAUUUGAAAGAGAUGUUAGGAGUACGUACAAUACGAAAUGUGAACAUAAUCUCUUUUGUAUAAUCAGCGAGGAUCUUGAUAAUCUUAUCAAUGGUUUUAAAAAAUCAGUUGAACGUUUUUUUGAAAAAAGGAAUAUUGCAAAUCAACUUUUGUUCGAAGAACAUGGACAAGUUAUUUAUUGGAGAAGGAAGACCUUGGAAGUUAUAGUUGAAAACGAAAAAUUAACUCGAUUUGAAUAUAUGACACUGGAGCCUUUUUUUGUAUUUUUCUUGGGUGGCGAAGCAUUUACGAAUCUUAUAAAAUCACAUUCUUUCGAUGGAUAUAUUCAAAAUCAACGAAACGGAAUAAGUUUUUUUUCACCUCGUAUCACAGUUAUAGUGUAUGGAAUUCAUCAAGUGGAAAUUAAUAAGAUUCAAAUACAUUUUUUCGAUUCAUUGGAUGAUAUAUCUGUUUUUAUUGGUCAAAUGCAUCGAUCAAUUGCAAAACGAAUAAAGCGAUCUGAGGGGAAACAACAAAUAAUUGGAACUGAGAAGGGUACAAAAGAGGAAGAAAUGAUUAUAUCUGACUGGUGGUCAAAAAUGCUUAAACAUAUUCAUAGAAUAGGAGAUGAUCAUUGUCGCACUUUACUGAAACAUUUCCCAAAUCCGUUCGACUUUAUGAAAAAAUUGAAUCAACAAAAUGCAUCAGAUGCUAUUAAGAUGAUCGAAAACAUAAAAACAGACCGUGGGCGAAAAAUCGGGCCAAUGCUGGCGCGUAAAAUCUAUCUUGUACUUACUAGCAGUGAUGGAUCAGAAAUAAUAAAUGAUUGA